AUGUCGACCAACGAGAGCUCAGAGUCCGACUGCAGGUCAGAGGUCAGCCCUAACAACAACACCUUGUUGUCCAUCACUGCGUCCGUCAUCUCCAUGACAGUGGGCAUCUUCUCCAACAGCCUUGCCAUCUUUAUCCUGAUCAAAUCCUACAACCGUGUCCGGGUGAAGUCGCGGGCGUCCUUCUUGCUGUUUGCCAGCAGCCUGGUGGUCACAGACCUGUUGGGUCACCUCAUCAACGGCACCAUGGUGCUUUUUGUUUACAGUUCUCAGAAGAAAUGGGAGACAUUUGACCCUCACCGCAUCGUGUGCAGCAUCUUCGGGGCUUCCCUGGUGUUCUUUGGUCUGAGCCCCUUGUUCCUGGGGAGUGCCAUGGCAGUAGAGCGCUGUAUUGGCGUCACCAGGCCCAUCUUCCACUCCACUGUGAUCGCACCUCACCACAUGAAGAGGCUGCUGGGUCUCACCUGGCUCCUCGCUGCCCUGGUGGCUGUGCUGCCCGUGCUGCUCUGGAGGCCCUAUCAGGUUCAGAGCUCCAGGAGCUUCUGUUUCUUCCACAUGGAGGAAGCCAAAGACUGGCUGGAUGUGUUCCUGCCGCUGCUUUUCUCCGUGCUUGGCCUGCUCGCCCUGCUGCUCUCAAUCGUGUGCAACACUGUAACAAGCUGCACUCUGCUGCAGGCCAGACUGCGACGCAGGCAUCACUGCAGAGGCACUUCGUACCACAUAGAGAUGAUCUGCCAGCUCCUGGCCAUCAUGCUGGUGUCCUGCAUUUGCUGGGGCCCGUUACUGAUUCAUGUCAUCAUUUAUAGCACCAGAACCAGCGAUGAGCCUGCACCGUUCACUAUGUUGAUGCAGAUACGUAUGGCCACGUGGAACCAGAUCCUAGACCCCUGGGUCUAUAUCCUGCUGAGGAGGGCGGUGCUGAGGAAAAUCUUCGCGUUGUUGCACUGCUGCUGCUGCUGCUGCUGGGGCUCAAAGCUGAGUAACCUUCACGGCUGGCAGUGCAGCGUGCUCCGCAGCUCUUUAGAUGCCAGCAACUCUGGCGCCGCUCCAGGCGACUGUCGCUGCCAUGGCACAUUACCUCCUCCAGAUGUUUUGAUCAAAUCCAUCACUUGA